UCGAUGGCAAAGGCGGCGGCGGCCAAGCUGCUUGAAGUCGACGAUAUCGACGUUCUUCUCGCCGACAACAACGUGCGCAGCGCCACGGGCAUCACCGAGACAGAGGUGAGGUACCCUGCCUCUGCAAGCAGCGUCGCGGUGCUCAACAAGAAAAUGCGCGAGUUGGAGGUGUGUUACCAUCGCACGCGGCUCCACCUUGAGCGCGCCACGCAAGAGACCGAAGGCGUCCAGAAAGAGAUUCGUAAAUUGCGAACUGACAAACUCCGCCUCGAGAAGGACGUGCAAAAGAAGACAGCACUGUUGGAACGAGUGGCGGCAGAGAAGAAGCUAGCCGAAGCCCAGGCGAUUGCAAACAGAGACUAUGCCAAGCGGGUCGAGCAAACAGUUGCGAUGGGCACACGCGGCCACGUAGGCGCAUACACCCCACGUUCAGAACGACGCUGCUUUGUGUGAUAUGUGCCUUACUAGAGUGCUGUUACGAAACACGCAGAGCUACUUGGUCGAAUUCGA